AUCAGCAAAACAGCAAUUUGAUUGCGGCGUGCCUUCAUUUUAUCAAACUCUUUGCAGUCUCAGCAUCCGUAGUCUCCUCCUCAUCCCGGAAGUUGUCCAUCGUUGGCUUUCAGGAAGCGGCGCAUCACCAUCGUCUGUGUUUUCACAACAUCGCAGACAGGACAGGGACGGAAACAACGAUCAGAUCACAAAUGAAGUGAGCGGCAGAUACAAUGUCCUCGUUCCAGGUGGUGGAUUCCUCACCUGGCAGCAGUGUCAGUAUCAUGGAAACAUCCAACUUUGCCCACGUCAUCUUCCAGAAUGUUGGCAAAAGUUUCCUGCCUCAGGCACCCCUGGAGUGUCGCUACACUCUCACCCCUUACAUCACACCUCACCCCAAAGACUGGGUGGGCAUCUUCAAGGUGGGCUGGAGCACAGCUCGAGAUUAUUACACCUUCCUGUGGUCCCCCAUGCCUGAAAAAUAUGAACCAGGAAGUACUGUGCACAGGACUGUGGUGUUUCAAGGUUACUAUGUUCCCAAGUCUGAUGGAGAAUUCUACCAGUUCUGUUACGUGACACACGGCGGUGACAUAAGAGGGGCAAGCACACCGUUCCAGUUCAGGUCAGCCACACCCACCGAGGAGCUGCUGACUGUCAGUGAAGAUGACAGCAAUUCAGACAUCCUGGUGGUCACCACCAAGACUGGCCUGCUUGAGCGCGUGGAGGAGGCGCAGCAGGAGCGCAGGGAGCUCCUGAAGGCCAUGCGGCUCCUCCAGGAAGAAAAGCAGCAGCUGCAGGAUGAGCAGAAGCGACUUUCCCGGGAGCGGGAGCAGGAGAGGGAGACGUGUUGCCUGCUGCGCACACACAACCAGGAGCUCCUGCGCUCCUCGCAGUGUCUGUCGGAGGAGCGGGAGGAGGUGAGAAGGAGGCUGACGGAGGCGACGGAUCGAGUGCGCCAGCUUGAGGGGGACCUGCUGGGCAUCACUCAGAGAGGCCUGCAGAAAGAGACGGAGCUGAAUUGCCUGCGUGACCGUCUGAAGAAGCUAGCAGCCGAGCGGGACACCUUGGACAGCCAGCUGAAGAAUGAGAAAGACGAGAGGGACCUCUACAAAGCCCAUCUGCGCAGCACCGAACUGGAGAACACCAAGCUGAGCGCCGAGCUACAGAUGCUGAAGGCGGUGGAGCUCAACCGAGAGGUGACAAUCGCUCAGUUCCAGGAGGAGCUGGAGAGGCUCAGGAGCUGCAUGGCCCAGCGGGACAGUUUGGAGAAAGAGUUGCUCACGCUCAAAGCUGAGAAGGCCGAGCUGACACGUGUGCGCGAGCAGCUCCGUCAGGCUGAGGAGCAGCUCGCCGCGUCCCGUCAACAAGCGGCCUUGCUGGCCUCUGAGCUGCGUGACUCAGCCAGCGCCCGGGACCAUUCCAUGACCGAACUCUAUCGCGCCCGCCUGGAGGCUGAUAAGCUCCGCGCCAGCCUGGCCGAAGCACAGGCCGAGUGCCAACGCAUGGAAAGUCAGCUGGACCGCAUGAGGAGCUGUGCACACAAGGAAGUGGGUGUUGGCACCGGUGCAGAGCUAGCACCCAGUGUGCUGAUUGUCUCAGAGGCGGAAGCCGAGCUGCAGAGGGAGGUGGAGGAACUGAAGCUGCGCCUCCACAUGGCGGCCGAGCACUAUAAGGAAAAAUACCGAGAGUGCCAGCGGCUACGCAGGCAGGUGGCCAAACUGAACACGAGCGAGUCACACGCGGAGCACAAGAGAAAUGCAUCGACUGAGACAGUCUUGGAGCCUAUGACCCCAAGUCCCGAAUCACCCACGGGCGGAAGUAUUGCCGCAAGAGCCCUCCAAGAGGCUUCCACCUUGACAAUCAGCACUGAACUUGAAAACCAGGAAUGUACGCACGGCAGCACAGAGAUUGACGCGAAGCAGACUGAGAACAAGCCGACGGGGAGCGCCGAGGCGGAGGCAGAUGUGAACCAACAAGAGGAGCGAGAAGAGAGGAGGGAGGCCGCGCGGGAGGACAGCCUGCGGCUGACAAGCUGGGUGGAAGUGGAGACCAAGUGGGCGGGCGGCAAGGGGAGCGCCGAGACCGAGCAGACGGAGGGGGAGGGGGAGCAGGAGGGGAGGAGAAGAGGGGAAGGAGAAACGGCAGAGAGGGAGCAGGGCAACUCGGUGGAGGAGGAGCUGGCCCUGAUGGAGGAGAAGUGGAAGGAGCAGUGCGCCAUCAAUGAGACUCUCAAACAGCGUCUGGCCAAUGAAGAAGAGCGAUUUCGAGUACAGAUGGCAGAGCGGACCAGCGAGGUGAUGGAGUUAAAACGUGACCUUGCCCAGGCUUUGAAAGACAAGGAGCGACUGCAGGAGGAAUUGUAUCUCUUCUUGAGUCGGCAAAGAGAGCAGGAUGCCCACGGUGAAGGCGCUGAGGUCAGACAGCCCAUGGUGCUGCGCUACCCGCUGCCCUACCCCCAAGACCCCUCGCCACCUCCACUGGUACCGCAGAGGCCCGCCGAGCUGCAGUUUGGCAAUCCUUAUGCCACGGACCCCAUGCAAGACCGGGAAGCGGAUGUUUCACUAACUCUCGAGCAACUGAGCCGUCCUCCACCUGAGGCCCCAACUUGCGCCACUCCCUGCGCCCCUCCAAUCACUCCAUCAAAUCCGAAUCCCGGCCCAGUGGCACCAGGGUGGGACAGAGAAGUGGUCUGCAUUCAGCCGUCACGCAGUACUAGCCCCCCGGAGACCAUGGAGCGCCCACCCGCUGAGCCUCAGGCCGCGGGCGACGGGGAUCAGCCUCCUUGUGACCAUCAGUCCAGCAGACCUGGCGAAACAAGAAGCAGCUUCUGCUUUGACUCGAGGAGUGACGUCCACAAGCGCUGUCCGCUGUGCGAGGUGAUAUUCCCGCCACACUUUGAGCAGAGCAGCUUCGAGCAGCACGUGGAGAGCCACUGGAAGGUGUGCCCCGUGUGCUCGGAGCAGUUCCCCCUUGACUGCCAGCAGCACCUCUUCGAGAGGCACGUCCUCACGCACUUCGAUGGCCACGUGCUCAACUUCGAUCAGAUUGAGUGAUGCGCCCCCGGCCCCCUUCCCCCGAGUGUCAUUCUGUUAGCUGUUAGAGGUUCGGCUGUGUCGUUAAGUGUACAAUCAUCGGCACUUUUUUUGCAGGUUACAGGUUAUGUUAAAGCUGUUUGAGAAGUUAUUCCAGAUCCUUGAUAGCCAAUUUAAAGUUCAUGCACUAGUCUGCUCUUUGUCCUCACUAAGUCCUAGUUUUAUAUAUUUUUUUUCCACUGCUAAUGUUACUUUUGGCUUACUAGUAUGCAGUUAGACCUUACUCGUAAAUAUCUGUGGUACAGGACCAGGCUGAACUCGUAGGCGUCAUGCACCAGUUAGUAGCUUGCCUAUCAAGGAUGUUCAAUACAUUAUCCAACAGCUUUCUAUAUGCCAACACAAAAAAAGCUUUGCUUCCACUUUAUCUCUUUUUUUCCCCCUAAAGCUCAUCUUCGUUUCUCUGAAGCACCUUUGGCAGCGCAUGUGGAUAUUCAUGUGUUCAGAACAAUGAGGGGAAAAAAAACUGACACGCCCCAUCUGCUGUAAAGAAAUCUAAACAGACAUUUCAACUGUAAAUGCAAAGUGUGAUACUCACGAA